AUGGCGGAGCAGCACACCGCCUCCGACUGCAAGCAACGAGCGAGCCAGGGCGCGGGGGGCUCCGUCUCGGGCAACGGGCGACCCAAUACCGCGGCUGGAUGCGGCGGUGGGGGCGGAGGCCUGUCCGGCGGACUGACGCAGCCGGCGGGCUGGCAGUCCCUCCUGUCCUUCACCAUCCUGUUUCUGGCCUGGCUGGCGGGCUUCAGCUCCAGGCUUUUCGCCGUGAUCCGAUUCGAGAGCAUCAUCCACGAGUUUGACCCCUGGUUCAACUACAGAUCAACUCAUCACCUCAGUACUAAUGGCUUUUAUGAAUUCCUGAACUGGUUUGAUGAAAGGGCUUGGUACCCACUUGGCAGGAUUGUGGGUGGCACGGUUUACCCUGGGCUGAUGGUGACAGCAGGUCUAAUCCACUACCUGCUGAACCUCCUGAAUGUGACUGUGCACAUCCGUGACGUGUGCGUGUUCCUGGCUCCGAUCUUCAGUGGCUUGACCGCCAUCUCUACCUUCCUGCUGACACGGGAGCUGUGGAAUCAGGGAGCUGGGCUUCUGGCUGCGUGUUUUAUUGCUAUAGUGCCUGGCUACAUCUCCCGCUCCGUCGCUGGCUCCUUUGACAAUGAGGGCAUCGCUAUCUUUGCCCUGCAGUUCACCUACUACCUCUGGGUGAAGUCUGUUAAGACAGGCUCAGUCUUCUGGACGAUCGGCUGCUGCCUGUCCUACUUCUACAUGGUGUCUGCAUGGGGAGGCUACGUCUUCAUCAUCAACCUGAUCCCUCUACAUGUGUUUGUGCUGCUCCUCAUGCAGCGUUACAGCAGGAGGCUGUAUAUUGCAUACAGCACAUUUUAUAUAGUGGGCUUGGUGUUAUCCAUGCAGAUCCCAUUUGUGGGCUUCCAGCCUAUAAGGACAAGUGAGCACAUGGCUGCAGCAGGUGUAUUUGCACUGCUGCAGGCCUAUGCCUUCUUGCAGUAUCUCAAGGACAGGCUGACAAAGCAGGAGUUCCAGACCCUUUUCUUCCUUGGAGUGUCUCUGGCUGCUGGGGUGGUCUUCCUUACAGUCAUUUAUCUGACCUACACAGGCUACAUUGCACCUUGGAGUGGCCGGUUUUAUUCACUGUGGGACACAGGGUAUGCCAAGAUCCACAUUCCCAUCAUCGCCUCUGUAUCAGAACACCAGCCCACCACCUGGGUCUCCUUCUUCUUUGACCUUCACAUCCUUGUGUGCACUUUCCCUGCAGGACUCUGGUUCUGCAUCAAGAACAUCAAUGAUGAACGGGUUUUUGUGGCACUCUAUGCCAUCAGUGCGGUGUACUUUGCGGGCGUGAUGGUGCGUCUCAUGCUGACCUUGACCCCAGUGGUGUGCAUGCUCUCAGCCAUUGCUUUCUCCAGUGUGUUUGAACACUACCUGGGAGACGACAUGAAGCGAGAGAACCCGCCGGCUGAGGACAGCAGUGAUGAGGAUGACAAGAGGAACUCAGGAAAUCUCUACGACAAGGCAGGAAAAGUGCGUAAGCAUGUGUCAGAGCAAGACAGACCAGAGGAAGGACUUGGGCCCAAUAUUAAGAGCAUUGUGACCAUGUUAAUGCUGAUGUUGCUGAUGAUGUUUGCUGUGCAUUGCACCUGGGUCACCAGCAACGCCUAUUCCAGCCCCAGUGUAGUGUUGGCAUCAUAUAACCACGAUGGAUCAAGGAACAUUCUGGAUGAUUUCCGUGAGGCGUAUUAUUGGCUGAGGCAGAAUACAGAUGAACAUGCGCGGGUCAUGUCUUGGUGGGACUAUGGCUAUCAGAUAGCAGGCAUGGCCAACAGAACUACACUAGUGGACAACAACACAUGGAACAACAGUCACAUAGCACUGGUGGGCAAGGCAAUGUCCUCCAAUGAGAGUGCAGCAUAUGAGAUUAUGAAAUCUCUGGAUGUGGAUUAUGUCCUCAUCAUUUUUGGGGGAGUGAUUGGGUACUCAGGAGACGACAUCAAUAAGUUCCUGUGGAUGGUGCGCAUUGCAGAGGGAGAGCAUCCUAAAGACAUCCGGGAGAGCGACUACUUUACUCCUCAGGGAGAGUUUAGAGUAGACAAGGCUGGCUCUCCUACCCUGUUGAACUGCCUCAUGUACAAGAUGUCUUACUACCGCUUCGGGGAGAUGCAGCUGGAUUUCCGCACCCCACCCGGGUUCGACCGAACGCGGAAUGCAGAGAUUGGCAACAAGGACAUUCGCCUGAAGCACCUGGAAGAGGCGUUCACCUCUGAGCACUGGCUAGUGCGCAUCUACAGAGUGAAGAAGCAGGAGAACCGGCAGGCUCUGGACCACAAGCUCCGCAAUGUUGCAGCCAAACAGAAGUACACCUCAAAAAAGACGGCCAAGAGGAAGCGUGGAUACGUUAAAAACAAAUUAGUACUGAAAAAAGGCAAGAAACUGAACAAGAAGUCAGUUUAGUUGUUAAAUGGUAAAAAAGUGAAAAUGGCUAAUGAGGCAAAAAAAAAAAAAAAGACAAUGACAAAUGCAACCAGUAAUCCACCAA